GGCAAAUAUAAAAAAGUGGACGGUCGGCUAUGAGGAAAAAGAGAAAAUCACACCGGUCGUCGCGUCAGCGUCAUCGUUGGUGUCAGUCCCCCCCUCCAUGGAUAUCGUUCUAUACCUCGCCGACGAGUACGUUCUCGACAGUGUCUGGGCUCAUCUUGUCCCACCUCAUGGCUCUGUCAUGCCAUCAUCGUCAAGGUUUCAACAGCUCUCUUCUAAUUUCACAACUAUAGCAUCGUCUCCACAGUCGGCAUGGCCCCGAGAUUAUUUCUUUAGGCAAAUACUCUCAUUGAGUGUCAUAACAUUGAUCGGCAUCCACCUAUUAUACUUCGUCUUCGCCGGUCUUUCAUACAAAUUCAUAUUCAACCACGACAUGAUGCGACAUCCACGGUUUUUACAAAAUCAAAUCAAGCUCGAGAUACAAACAAGUUUAAAAGCAUUCCCCAUGAUGACCCUCCUAACCCUUCCGUGGUUUCAAGCGGAGGUCAUGGGCUACUCUAGACUCUACGACAACGUCGACCAAUACGGCUGGACCUAUCUCGUCUUGUCUGUACCCUUCUUUCUUCUCUUCACAGACUAUGCCAUCUACUGGGUACAUCGUAUUCUGCAUCACCCCAGCAUUUACAAGACAUUCCAUAAACCACAUCAUAAGUGGAUAAUACCAACACCAUUCGCAUCCCACGCAUUCCACCCGGUAGAUGGUUACCUCCAGUCUGUACCGUACCACCUCUUCAUUUUCUUGUUCCCUCUCCACCGGUAUCUGUACCUUGGCCUCUUUGUUUUCGUCAACUUCUGGAGCAUACUUAUCCACGACUCCGAUAUGAUAACCGGACAUCCGCUUGAGUCCGUCAUUAAUGGACCUGCACAUCACACUCUGCAUCACCUUUACUUUACCGUCAACUACGGUCAGUACUUCACAUGGGCAGACCGUGUCGGCGGAUCAUAUCGCCAACCAGAAUCGUCUCUCGACCCAUUACUCGAGGUGAAGAAAGCAUCAUGACCACACUUUGUCCUACCUAGGGACGUACUUGACGCGUUCCAUAAUGUUAGUAAUCAUUAUAGUUUCAAUAUAUUGGGCUGUGAGAUGUACGUGGCGA